UCGCACAAGUCUAUGAAUUUUUGGAGUAGGUUGGAUGAGAGCAAGUUGUUAGCAUCCCUUCACCCCUAGUGCACUAGGGGUGAUUUCUAUCAAUUCGUGGAUGCAAGACAUAUCGCUACAUUGGUGGAACAAGCUUCCAGGAGUGAGGCAGGCAAACAUUUUCAUAUAGGAACUUUUGUCCAAAUUCACAAAAGAUCUGCUAAACCACAACCGCAAGAAAUAAUAUGGCUGAAAAUACAUUUAUUUUAUUGGACCUACCUGAAGAAAACACUACAGGUGAACAAUGGAAGAAACCUGUUUGUAAUCCAUUUGUUAGUGAUAUGUCUCCAUGCCAUUUCAAUGAAUACGGGAGGUUGUCGAUGUCUUUUCAAGAUGUUGGAAAAGAAUCACUAGGAAUACUACCAAUGGAUUUUGAGAAAGAUGCCUUAAGUUUUUCAAACAUUAGUUUUUCUGCUAACAGAGAACUUGGCUUCAAGAGCAUUUUCAAUAUAUCACAAAAUGGCCGAGAAUCCCUGGAUAGUGGGAGAGAGUCACUGGGAAUUUUACAAAUCAACAAACUUGAUGAUAGAUUAGGAAAUGAAGAUGAAAACAUUCCAGAAAUCAUGUUGUCAACUAUCCCGGAAAAUAGUGAGGUUUUUGGAAAUGUCUUAGAUACAGCUUUUCUGUUUCCGAGUCCAAGAAAGACAUUGUUCUCUAGUACUUCUUCUCAAAACUCGGCUUUUCCAUCAUUCAACAGCGGUAGUUUGGAGGAACCAUCUAAAAUAUAUUCCCUAUCAAGAAUUGAACCAGCAAGCAGUAUUUCAAGUAUGCUAGAUUUCAACUCUGUUCCAUCUGAAUUAAAUAAGGCGAAGAUGAUGAGUCCGGAAGCUAUAGAAAAGCGCUUGCGAAUACAUUCUACACCCGGUGAAAAUGAAUUUCAUCCAUCCGCCAGUAAAUUUUUUUGGAGCACUGGCAAAAAAAUUAAAAGCAAAAACUUAUGCAGGAAAAGCUUUCAUGCUGAAAACAUUGAAUUUGAUGGGGAGAAAGAAAAUAUACUUCAUGACUCCAUUUUGAUAGAAGGAAAACAUAUAGCUCAAAAAAUUGCCGAUGGAUCUAUUUUGAAUAAUGAUUAUGGCACCAGUAUUUUAGAUAGCACACCUCAACCAAGUUGGCCUAGCGAUUUGGAAGACAGCAAGACAAAGGAGAAGGAUGCCUCUCCAUGUGAAAGUGAUGUAGUAUUUAAGACAAUAGAUAAAAUGCUUCCUGAACCACAAGAAAAUAUUGAGUUGAGACUGAAAACAUCAAGAGUCAACAGUACUCCUAGCAAAUCUAAAGAUGCUAAGGAGAUUUUGCAAAAUUUAUCAGAAAUAUUGAAUAGUACACAUCGAAGUGAUCAGCAGAGGUCUCAAGGGCAAAAUUUGAUAAGUAGUCUUGCUGAAAUACUAUGUGAAGGUACUGAAAAUCAUGUUCAACAUUUAGAUGACUCUGGACAUUCUUCCUUCAUUGAACAAAAUGAUAUGUCCGAUAAGUACAAGUAUGAAGAUUAUGAGGCACUCGAUCUCAGUAAAAAGAGUGUGGAUUCAAAAGAUUCAAAGUCAUAUGAAUAUACUUCAAAUGUAUCGGUCAACAAAUUUCCAAAAAAUAUUCUAGCACGCCGAUUUUCUCACUCCUUAUCUUUGAAUUCUAAUAUUAGAAAAAUAAAUUUGGCUGAAGAAAAUAAAAAGCGAAAUUACUCAGCCUCUGGGUUGGAGUCCAGUAAGAAUACGACUUGUAAUAGCAAUUCUUCAGUGAAAAGUAAUGAUAGUCAUGGUUCAGGAAGCUAUUCGAUUACAAAUAUUAAUGGUAAGUUGAAGACGAAGGCUGUUGCAAGUGGAACUAAAAAAGGACCUUUGAAAGCCGUGAUUCCUGUCAAGGAUAUGAAAAGAAACGUUUCCAAUUUUGCACAGACCCCUGAAAAAUCACAGCAACCGUCUUCAACUUCUCUUCAGUCUAAGCGUACAAGCACCCCAAUUAACGAACCAAAACUGAAACCUAUGGCUGCUUCAACACCCACAGCUGAAGUUGCAAAGGAUAAAGAAGCCGAAAUUUCGAAGGAUAAUGCUAGAUCUAUUUCCAAACUUUCCAGGGUUUCCUUCAAAAAGUCAUCAAGAAAUGAUAAAGCACCGAUAAUACAAUCAACCAGCUCAAAGCAACCUGUGAAAAUGCGAAACAACUUAACCAGGUGAAAUUUAUCUUCAAGACUAAUUCUUUAUUUGAUAAUUUUUUGAAUCACAAUGAUAUUGACAAGGUAUGACCCUUUCGCAAGAAACUAUAAUUUUGAAAUAGUUGAAAAAGUGAUGGGAGACAGCUGUAACUAUAUUAUCUGGUAUUGACUGAAAUGAAACUCACAAACUGAAUGGAACAUAUUUAUUCAGAUGUGAUUUUGUUUAUAUUGUACAGGAUGGGCCAAAGAAAACAAAAUAAACCUUGAUUUGUUUCAUAUUCAUCCUAACACGUCGGUAUCCAAGGAAUUGGAUGAGAAUCUUGCUCGACAAAAAGUGAGCCAAUUAAGUGGUUUCUCAAUAAUGUUAUUCAAACUUGACUUCAUCCUCUAAUUUCAAUUACUGCAUCAUUUACUCUUCAAAAUUAUCACAAUAUUCCGCUUAUACCUAUUAUAUUAUGUUU